CCCGGCGGUCCGGGCCAAGGAGAACUGGCUCCGCCUCUACAACAAGGUGCUGGAGCAGCUCCGGGAGUUUCAUGUCAUUGCCAUAAUGGCUCUCACAUGCACUUUGCUUGGCCGUCAUUGGAGCAUGCUGUCAGGCUCGAGGAGAGACCUCCAGCUCCCUGUGGUUCGGUAAAGGAGGGAUGGGGGGAGCGCUCUACAGCAUCGACAGCAUGCCCGACCUGAGGAAGAGGAAGGCCAUUCCCCUGGUCCGAGACCUGGCCAUGUCGCUGGUGCAGAACUCCCGGAAGGCCGGGAUCACGUCGGCGAUGGCGUCGACCACGCUGGGGAACGAGGAGCUGAAGAGCCACGUCUACAAGAAGACCCUGCAGGCGCUCAUCUACCCCAUCUCCUCCACCACGCCGCACAACUUCGAGGUGUGGACGGCCACCACGCCCACCUACUGCUACGAGUGCGAGGGGCUGCUGUGGGGCAUCGCCCGCCAGGGCAUGCGCUGCUCCGAGUGCGGCGUCAAGUGCCACGAGAAGUGCCAGGACCUGCUGAACGCCGACUGCCUGCAGAGAGCGGCGGAGAAGAGCUCCAAGCACGGGGCGGAGGACCGGACCCAGAACAUCAUCAUGGUGCUGAAGGACCGCAUGAAGAUCCGGGAGAGGAACAAGCCGGAGAUCUUCGAGCUGAUCCAGGAGGUGUUUGCCUUGGACAAAACCACGCACGGCACGCACAUGAAGCAGAUCAAGCAGAGCGUGCUGGACGGGACGUCCAAGUGGUCGGCCAAGAUCAGCAUCACAGUGGUGUGUGCUCAGGGCCUUCAGGCCAAAGACAAAACCGGCUCCAGUGAUCCUUACGUGACCGUUCAGGUUGGAAAGACCAAGAAGAGAACCAAGACCAUCUACGGGAACCUCAACCCCGUCUGGGAGGAAAACUUCCACUUCGAGUGCCACAACUCCUCCGACCGGAUCAAGGUCCGCGUCUGGGACGAGGACGACGACAUCAAGUCUCGCGUGAAGCAGCGGUUCAAGCGGGAGAGCGACGACUUCCUGGGCCAGACCAUCAUCGAGGUGCGCACCCUGAGCGGGGAGAUGGACGUCUGGUACAACCUGGACAAGCGGACGGACAAGUCGGCGGUGUCGGGGGCCAUCAGGAUGCACAUCAGCGUGGAGAUCAAAGGCGAGGAGACGGUGGCGCCGUACCACGUGCAGUACACCUGCCUGCACGAGCACCUGUUCCAGUACACCACGGAGGAGCAGAACGGCGGCGUGGUGAAGAUUCCCGACGCCAAGGGCGACGACGCCUGGAAGGUGUACUUCGAGGAGACGGCUCAGGAGAUCGUGGACGAGUUCGCCAUGAGAUACGGGGUGGAGUCCAUCUACCAGGCCAUGACCCACUUCGCCUGCCUGUCCUCCAAGUACAUGUGCCCCGGCGUGCCGGCCGUGAUGAGCACGCUGCUGGCCAACAUCAACGCCUACUACGCCCACACCACCCAGUCCUCCAACAACGUGUCCGCCUCCGACAGAUUCGCUGCCUCCAACUUUGGCAAGGAGCGCUUCGUCAAACUCCUGGAUCAGCUGCACAACUCGCUGAGGAUCGACCUGUCCAUGUAUCGGAAUAAUUUUCCUGCCAGUAGUCCUGAAAGGCUCCAAGACCUCAAGUCCACCGUGGACCUGCUGACGAGCAUCACCUUCUUCAGGAUGAAGGUCCAGGAGCUGCAGAGCCCCCCCAGGGCCAGCCAGGUGGUGAAGGACUGCGUGAAAGCUUGUCUGAACUCCACCUACGAGUACAUCUUCAACAACUGCCACGACCUCUACAACAGGGAAUACCAGACCGACCCGUCCAAGGCCGUCCCCCCUGACGAACAGGGUCCCAGCAUCAAGAACCUGGACUUCUGGUCCAAGCUCAUCACCCUCAUCGUCUCCAUCAUCGAGGAGGACAAAAACUCCUACACACCCUGCCUCAACCAGUUCCCCCAGGAACUCAACGUGGGCAAGAUCAGCGCUGAAGUCAUGUGGAACAUGUUCGCUCAGGACAUGAAGUACGCCAUGGAGGAGCAUGAGAAGAACCGUCUGUGUAAAAGUGCAGAUUAUAUGAAUUUGCACUUCAAGGUGAAGUGGCUGUAUAAUGAGUACUGCAAGGAGCUGCCCACGUUCCAGAAGCACGUCCCCGAAUAUCCAGCCUGGUUCGAGCCGUUCGUCAUCAUGUGGCUGGACGAGAACGAGGAGGUGUCCAGAGACUUCCUGCACGGCGCUCUGGAGAGGGACAAGAAAGACGGGUUCCAGGUCACGUCGGAGCACGCCCUGUUCUCCUGCUCGGUGGUGGACGUCUUCUCUCAGCUCAACCAGAGCUUCGAAAUCAUCCGGAAGCUGGAGUGUCCCGACCCUCAGAUCGUCGGCAACUACAUGAAGAGAUUCGCCAAGACCAUCGGCAACGUCCUGCUGUCCUACGCAGACAUCAUCGCAAAGGACUUCCCCAAUCACGUCAAGAAAGAGAAAGUGCCCUGCAUCAUCAUCAACAACAUCCAGCAGCUCCGGGUGCAGCUGGAGAAGAUGUUCGAGGCCAUGGGAGGAAAAGACCUCAACGUGGAGGCCAGCGACUUCCUGAAGGAGCUGCAGAACAAGCUCAACAACGUCAUGGACGACCUGAGCCGCAUCUUCGCCGUCAGCUUCCAGCCCCAGAUCGAGGACAACGUCCGGCAGAUGGGGGACAUCCUGGCCCAGGUCAAAGGUCAGACCGUCCCGGCCAACGGCAGCGUGGUGCAGGAGGCCGACAACGUCCUGCAGCCCAUCAUGGACUUCCUGGACAGCAACCUGUCGCUGUUUGCGAAGAUCUGUGAGAAGACGGUGCUGAAGCGGGUGCUGAAGGAGCUGUGGAAGCUGGUGAUGAACACCAUGGAGAAAACCAUCGUGCUGCCCACGCUGACAGACCAGACGGGCACACAGAUGAUCUUCAAUGCUGCUAAAGAGCUGGGCCAGCUCUCCAAGCUCAAGGAGCACAUGGGCCGAGAGGAGGCCAAGGCUCUGACCCCCAAACAGUGCGCCGUCAUCGAGCUGGCGCUGGACACCAUUAAGCAAUACUUCCACGCCGGCGGCGUCGGCCUGAAGAAAACCUUCCUGGAGAAGAGUCCGGACCUGCAGUCUCUGCGCUACGCCCUGUCUCUGUACACACAGGCCACCGACAAGCUCAUCAGGAAGUUCGUCCUCUCACAGAACGCUCAGGUUCACGGAGGGAAAGGAGUGCGGUACACUGCCAAUGAAGACACGCCACCUGAGAAAGCGUCUGGAGUGGACGCGGUUGGUGAGGUGAUCAUGAACGUCGACAUUUUGCCACAACCCAACGGGGAGCACAAGAUCAGCGUCAAAGUGGUUGCUGCUAACGACCUGAAGUGGAAAGCACAGGGCUUCAGGCCCUUCGUGGAGGUUUACAUCAUCGGGCCUCAUCUCAGCGACAAGAAGAGGAAGUUUGCCACCAAGUCCAAGAACAACGCCUGGUCCCCAAAGUUCAACGAGAGCUUCCAGUUCUCGCUGGGCACUGAGGUGGGUCCGGAGAGCUACGAGCUGCAGGUGUGUGUGAAGGACUACUGCUUCGCCCGGGAGGACCGCACGGUGGGCAUGGCCCUGCUGCAGGUCAAGGACAUCGCCAACAAGAACAGCGUCACCUGCUGGCUGCCGCUGGGCAGGCGCGUCCACAUGGACGAGACGGGCCUGACGGUGCUGCGCAUCCUGUCCCAGCGCAACAACGACGACGUGGCCAAAGAGUUCGUCAAGCUCAAGUCGGACCAGCGGUCGGCCGAGGAGGGCCGCAGCUGAGGGGGGGGGAGGGGGGCCGAACCGCCAGAGACACCGCCG